AGUACAAAGUUAAUAUUGUUAAGAACGUGAACUGAAGUGUAAGUGAUAGUUUUUGCUGAAUGGGCUCAGGCUGUGAGCUGUAACGUUGGUGAAACUGACGGCUGCACUGUCGGCAUCUCUGGGUGCUUACGCCACCACACUCUUAUCUGUGUUUAAUAGAAGAACGCAGAUAGUUCAGCACUUAAAGUGCAUUAUGGUGUUGCAUUAUUUUUAUGGCAGGCAUCUUGCAUGUCCGAGCUUUGGCCGCAAGUGCAAUUAACACACCCAUUAGAAAUAUAAUGCAAAAAGAUCCACAGGGGGGAUGUAAUUACUUGCAGAACGGUGCUGUGAUCUCACAGUUUAUUCAUAUUUAUUUAUAAGUGGAGACUGAUUUACACAAAAGGACCAACGAUGAGGCAAAAAAGAUAUUCUGAUAAUACCGAAAGAAGACACUGCUGUAACGUUUUAUUUUUAUACACAUUAAACCUAUUUGGUUAAUUUCAGCAUGUCAGCAACAGGCGUAGACUAAGAGCAUGUCUGCUUGAGAGCAGCACUGGAGAAUGAUCACAUGAUGAUAGUCGAGGACAAGGCAACAACAACAACAGACUGUAAUCAUUUUAUAUAAGUGAAAUAGAGAGAGUAAGAGAAAAUCACUGUGUUGUUUCCCUGUUCGUGAGAAAAUGAUCCACACCAUCGUGUCUGUUGUAGUUUGUCAUGAACUUCCUCUCCACGUUCACUCUGUAUUUGAACGUAUCUCCACUGCAGACCCUCGUUUUCCUUCUUAUCUGGUCAGAGUGCUUUUUACUGUUACAAUGGCUGAAGUACCUUGUGUUGUUUCCCACACUCUCUCAUCAGACCCUUGUUUUUCUUCCCCUCUGGUUCAGAUGUUUUUGAGGGGAUUACUGAGGCUUUUUAGGUCCGAUAUCAAGUAGUAUUUCCAAUGCUUAGCCGAUACUGUAGCUGCUCUCUACGCACUCUCUACUGCUGGCAUCCCGAGCUUGGAUAUUGGGUGGAAGGUUGAGUGGCACACCAGACCAAAAACACCAAACCAAAACAUGAGCACAGUUUACUUUUGAGCAACUUCUUUAUUAAUUGAAAUAUCGCUAUUUUUCCUGUUGUAUCGAUCAUCGUCUUGGGACGAGGGGGCAAGGAUAUAUCACCAACUCAAUUUUGACCCACCGUUAUUUGAUUGGUCACCAGUGCUUUUGUUUCUAUUGUACUGGUGGCAGUUUGAUUCUUGACUGUCUGUCAUCUGGACUGUCCCAUGCACAAGAAGCUGCAAUAAUCUAAGGGAGUGGAGUUGAAAGCAUAACUGUUUCUAGGGCUUUUUCUGUAUAAAAAUGAUUUAUAGCUGAAAACAGCCGGCCCUGACAACGCUAGGAACGUGUUUACCUAAAGUGAGAGAGAGAAGAGUCAAAGGACAACACCAAGAUUUGUGACUGCAGAGUGAGAGUUAGGGAGGACACCAAGUGCUUGUGAUAGACCCUGGACAACCAAAUAAGAGAACACUGCUGACAACAUUUCUGCUCACUCAUAAAAGCGAGGUUAAAUCAUCAUUCAACAUAUUAAUGCAUCACUCCAGUAACAGGAACAUCACAAUGUUAUGACCUCAAAUAUUAUACGAUACAUUGUAUCUUACAGUGCUUUGCAGCCAUGGAUUUUGUUUUUCAUAGCCUAUGGCAUUAUCUUAUCUCAUUAGUUAUUUCAGUAGUUGUUUGACUCAGACAUUAAGCACAAGCCCAUUUAGAGCCUCUAACUUACAUAAACCCUCCCCGGCCGUUGAAAUGCAUUUCUGGAACGGCGUUCUCUGCCUGCUCCAAUAUUUUAUCUCUCAACAAUUGAUUUGCCCUCCAACUGCACCACCACCACCACCACCACCACCACCCUUUCCUACUUAAACGGAGUCCAUUAUGUUGUGCAAAGUCAUCAGUUGUGAACUAUGCUCGCAUUCGUCUUUACUCUCAUUAAUCCUCCACCGCAGCACGAUCGUACCGAGGCGCACCACAAGGAACACAAACGCACUCAGGGACCGACGAUGCUCGUGUGUGUGUUAUGUCCCAGUGAACUGUGCGACACAUCAGCUUCACUGUUCUCAACUACAAAGUCAUAAACACAGUCACAGUGGCCACGUUGUUUCUGGGCUCUGAGUUAUGGAGCCUGCGUGUAUCGCUGAACGACCCAGUAGACACAAGCAGCGCCACAAAGGGCAGGGCAGGCUCCUUCACUCUAAGUGCAUAUACCAAACCAUCAGUGGAUGUGGAUCAAUGCUUAGUUUUACAGCUUUGCAUACUUGAAAUGACUGCGCAAAUAAAGACAGCUUAGACUGUCAAUCAGAGUCUAUUAGUAAAAAAAAUUCCUUCAGUAACAAUCACACACACACACACACACACACACACACUCACUGCUCAGGACAGAGUGAUGGAGGAUGUGGAGUAAGUAGGGGUGGAGUUGCAGGAGAGAUCCUCAAAAUGAACAGGACCAGGACUUAAAAUGCAGCCGAGUAGAAACAGAGAUGGAUCUUUGGCGAGUGGAGAUAGAUUUGGAUCAUUUUGGGCAAUUAAGACUCUAUGAAUUUCACUUGUCUUUGCAUGAACACAUGAUGGACCUUGGACCUGUGUGUACAGAAGAGGAUGCUCUCCACUCACUCUGAAAGAAUGUUUUGGGUUUUUUUCCCCCUCCUGACUGGUCAGUGGUUGAAGUCAUGGCUUUCAUUUAAGUGAAUAUAAUUGCUGAUGCCUGAGCAAAAGCGCUGAUAAACAGGAGGCGGCUGGAGGAAAAGGAGAUGAUUGGCAGCAGGUGACGUCGAUGAUAGGACGCGAGCUGUUCUAUUAAAAUUAUCUGUUUAGGAACACUUAAGGGGACACAAAUCAUUCCUUUAAAAUUUAAGCUUUUGCACACGUCGUAUCUAAUGCAAGGCAACGAUGGAGCUGGACGGCAUGGAAGUACUUGCCAUUAUUGUUGUGAUUGGACUGUUUGUUGUCGUGCUCAAACAGUUUGGGAUUUGGGAGCCCUUAUCACUGGAAGAUAGCGGUGACAGUGACCUCGAGCUCUCCAUGGUGCGUCACCAACCCGAGGGCCUUGAUCAGCUCCAAGCCCAGACCCAGUUCACCAGGAAGGAGCUGCAGUCACUUUACAGAGGCUUCAAAAAUGAAUGUCCCUGUGGACUUGUGGACGAGGAAACGUUCAAGAACAUUUACGCACAGUUCUUCCCUCAAGGAGAUGCAACCACGUACGCACAUUUCUUGUUCAACGCCUUUGACAUGGACAGAAGUGGCUCCAUCCGCUUCGAGGACUUUGUGAUCGGGCUGUCCGUGUUGCUCCGAGGCUCCGUGACAGAGAAACUCCGGUGGGCUUUUAAUCUGUACGAUAUCAAUAAAGACGGCUACAUCACCAAAGAGGAAAUGUUGGCAAUAAUGACAUCCAUAUACGACAUGAUGGGCAGGUAUACUUCCCCCAGUGUACGAGACGAUUCCCCUUUCGAGCAUGUGGAGAAAUUCUUCAAGAAAAUGGAUCGCAACAGAGAUGGAGUGGUGACAAUAGAUGAAUUCAUAGAAACUUGCCAAAAGGAUGAAAAUAUAAUGGCUUCCAUGCAACUCUUUGAGAAUGUCAUCUAAGAGGUGGCUCAGUGACGCUGCAUUGUGCUUCCAGGCCUGAAAGAGUCACGCAACACGUUUUCCUACAUUUGAAUACAAACACCCCUAUUUUUCCAGGCAGAAAAACUCACUCCACUGUUUCUUUGCAUGACAAAUUUUCCUUUUUUCUACACAUGCAAAAAAGAAUGAUGCCUUAUCAUUGCUACAAGAGCAUGAGUGAUUGCCCCACAAUUUAAAGCAUGUGAUGCCAGACCACAGGUGUUGAACAAUUUUUGAAAUUCGGGCAUAAGGGGGAUGGAAUUGUAUUGUUUUGCACCGCAAAGAACGUAGUAAUUUAUUCAGAUGUUUAUAUCGAGUCGUUAUAUCAUUUUGAGCGUACACCUGCUGAAAUGAAUGUCGACGUCCAUCGACUGUCGAGUAUCGUCUUUUUAUUAAGUUCCUCACAGACGGUAAUAAAUCUUAAAUGUGCCCA